GGGAACGCUUCUGUUGACUGCUGGGCGACAUGGCGCUGUGGCCACUAUUGCUGAUCACUCUGGGAUUGUGGCUGCUGGUCCGCAAGUGGACCCUUCUUCGACUGGGAGCCAGUCUGCCAGGUCCGUGGGCAUUUCCACUCCUCGGGAACGCACAGAUGGUGGGCAAACUGAAGCCGGAAUUCAUCUUUCUGGUUUUCACAGAGCUGCGCGAUCGCUUCGGAUCCACCUACCGCCUCUGGCUGGGACCCCAGCUUUGGGUGUUCCUCCAUUCGGCGGAGGAGACGCGACAGGCGCUCAACGAUCCCACGCUUCGAAAGGCGGAGACCUUCCUGCAGCUGGAGCCGCUCAUCGGGAACGGACUCCUGAUCAGCCAUGGAGCCCAUUGGACCAGGCAGCGGCGCCUCCUCACGCCCGCCUUUCAGCCGCAGUUGCUUCGCAGCUUUGCCCCUCAAAUAGGCGGACAUGUGGACCGGUUGGUCAGUCGACUGGCGGAGGCCAAAGGGGGUUUCCUGGAGGUCACCGAUCCGCUCUUUGCCUGCCUCCUGGACGCCAUAGUGGACACCUCCAUGGGUGCCCAGCUGAACACCCAACUGGUGGCCCACUCGCCCAUCAUCAGCGCAUUCCAUCUGAGCAGCAAGCUGCUAUUCAAACGCAUGAUCAAUCCGCUCCUGGCUUCCGAUUGGAUCUUUCAUCGCACGCAACUCUGGCGGGAUCUCGACGAGCAGCUCCGGGUGAUCCACGCCCAAAUGGAGGCGGUUAUCGAGCAGCGGGCCAAUGAGAUUGAGGGAAGGGAGGAAGGUCCUGGAAAAGCCUGCCAUCUUCUGGACACGCUCCUUUUGGCGAGAUUCGAGGGUCAAGCCCUGAGUAGGAAGGAAAUUCGCGAUGAGAUCAACACUUUCGUGUUCGCGGGAGUGGACACGACGACGGCGUCCAUGUCGUUUGUUCUCUAUGCACUCGCCAAACAUCCGGAGACCCAAACUCGUCUCCGCAAGGAGCUGCAGGACUUACCGGCGGAAGAAACCUCAGAUCCGGACAAGCUGAACGAGCUGCCAUAUCUGGAUGCGAUGAUCAAGGAGGUGCUGCGUAUGUACACCAUUGUGCCCACCACCGGGCGACAGACCACGAAAGCCACCGAAAUCGGAGGACGAACCUACUGUGCGGGCAUCACGCUGUGGAUCAAUAUGUAUGGAUUGGCCCACGAUAAGCUGUACUAUCCGGAUCCGUACGCCUUUAAGCCGGAACGCUGGUUGAACGACGGCGAUUCAGCCCCGCCCGCCUUUAGCUACAUUCCCUUUUCCGGUGGACCACAUGUCUGCAUCGGAAGACGCUACUCCCUGCUCCUGAUGAAACUACUCACCGCUCGUCUGGUGAUGGAAUUCGAUCUGCAACUGAGUCCGGAGCAGGCUCCCCUCAAGCUGCAGGCUCAAAUGGUGCUGAAGUCCCAGGAGGGAAUUCAUGUGGCAUUUGUGAAGCGAUCAAACGAAACUUGUUAAUUAUACUAUAAACUUUAUAAAAAAAAAAAAUAUACAUUCGAUUUUUUUAAAGUCUG